AGGGGCGGGCGGGCGCGGUGGCGGUGCCGGCGGUGGGCGGCAUGGCCAAGCAGUACGACAUGGUGGAGUGCCCCUUCUGCGACGAGGUGUCCAAGUACGAGAAGCUCGCCAAGAUCGGCCAGGGCACCUUCGGGGAGGUUUUUAAAGCCAAGCAUCGUCAGACGGGCAAGAAGGUAGCGCUGAAGAAGGUGUUGAUGGAAAAUGAGAAGGAGGGGUUCCCCAUCACAGCCUUGCGAGAGAUUAAAAUCCUCCAGCUGCUCAAACAUGAGAAUGUGGUGAACCUCAUCGAAAUCUGCAGGACCAAAGCUUCUCCAUACAACCGCUGCAAGGGCAGCAUCUACCUUGUGUUUGACUUCUGCGAGCAUGACCUUGCUGGUCUCCUCAGCAAUGCCCACGUCAAGUUCACGCUCUCAGAGAUCAAGAAAGUGAUGCAGAUGCUAUUGAAUGGACUUUACUACAUCCACAGGAACAAGAUCUUGCAUCGAGACAUGAAAGCUGCGAAUGUCCUGAUCACACGGGAUGGAGUCCUGAAGCUGGCAGAUUUCGGGCUGGCUCGAGCCUUCAGCCUGGCUAAGAACAGCCAACCCAACCGCUACACCAACCGCGUGGUGACCCUGUGGUACCGGCCGCCAGAGCUGCUCCUAGGGGAGCGGGACUAUGGCCCCCCCAUUGACCUCUGGGGCGGAGGCUGCAUCAUGGCAGAGAUGUGGACGCGCAGCCCCAUCAUGCAGGGGAACACGGAGCAGCACCAGCUCACCCUCAUCAGCCAGCUCUGCGGGUCCAUCACGCCGGAGGUUUGGCCUAACGUGGAUAAGUACGAGCUGUACGAGAAGCUGGAGCUCCCCAAGGGCCAGAAGCGCAAGGUGAAGGACCGCCUCAAAGCCUACGUGAAGGACCCCUAUGCCCUUGACCUCAUCGACAAGCUGCUGGUGCUGGAUCCUGCCCAGCGGAUCGACAGCGACGACGCGCUCAACCACGACUUCUUCUGGUCAGACCCCAUGCCCUCGGACCUCAAAAACAUGCUGUCCACCCACAACCAGUCCAUGUUCGAGUACCUGGCUCCACCACGCAGGAGGGGUGGGCACAUGCCCCAGCAGCCACCUAACCAAGGCAGGAACCCGGCUGCCACCAACCAGACCGAGUUUGACAGGGUGUUUUGAGCAGGGGCUUCCCCUGGCUGGGGGGAAUCCGCAGGUUGCAUUGAGCAGGGAUGUCCCAGCGAGGUCUCUGGCUGGGAAAGGACUUUCUUCAAGGUGAAGUGCCUUGAACCGAGCUCUGACCUCUCCUCGUGCAGCAGCUCAGCCACCGUGGAGCUGUGUGACUGGAGAGACUUGUGUCCCUGCAGCCUGUGGUGGUGAUGUUCAUCUUGCGGGGUUGUCAUUACGGACCCGGUGAUGGAGAAAGUGACUCUGUUGGUGCUGGGGCUCUUGGCAAAUGGUGCUGUGACCAGCAGGACUGGGAGUAGCUGCUGGGAGAUGUCUCUCUUGGUUGAUAGUAGCUCCUAUAUGGUGUAUCUUUGGAACCCUGAAGCUUUGAUGUAGGUUGAGGCAGGUGCUUCUGAGUAAUGCAGAGGUGUCUUGGAGAAGGCAGCGUUGCUCUAGGCAGCAUGACUAACUCCCUGGAGUUUGGGAUGUAGUUUGGGCUUACUGGGCAAACUGGGGGGUGACUGGCAGAGCUUAUUCCAUACAGCCAGGAUUUGCAGUGGGAACUAGCACGCAGCAUCUACGCUUUCUUCCCUGCAAGCUCUCCUCAUGGCCUCUGUCCUGGAGCUCUUGGCACCAGCGCGGAGCCAGCCGGGGCACCGGGAUGGUGCGUGAUCACCUUCUGCUGGACCCUGCCGGGACCGACUCGGUCCUUCACAGCUCGCUGAGCACUUUUGUCUUCCGUGGCCAUCAGCUGCACAUGGCCACCUUCUCGCCGAGCCCCCUGGAUUCCAUCAGGUAACGCGUGUGACGUGCGGCAGGUGAUAACCUUUGGCAGCCGAUGGGGUUGUCCGUUAACCAGGCGGAUGGCAAAAGCCACGUCGGUAGCUUAAGGUCUCAGGGGAGGACGCGGUGGUGAGCGGGGGCCGUUCUCAGGACACAAAGUGAGGAUGAUAAAGGACAUCUACAAGGUAAAUCUCUUGGUGUGGGGGUCUGAUGGCGGCGGCGGGGGGGAGGGUGGUGCGUGUGUUGGGAUUUGGUUGUUUUUUUGGCUAAACCAGAGUUGGUUGCAAGCAAUAAGCCAGAUGGCUUCAGCUGGUUGUGAAUAAACACGAUGCUGUCCCAAAGGGCUGGUUUUAA